AUGAGCGCCCCCGCCCCGCGCACUGUCCUGAUCACCGGCGCCUCGUCCGGCAUUGGCCGGGCCACGGCCCUGCGCUUUGCGCGCGACGGCUGGCGUGUCAUCGCCACCGGCCGCAAUGCCGAGGCUCUGGCCGCCCUGGAGGCGGAGAUGGCCGCCGUGGCCCCGCCGGCCGCCGCCGCCGCCGCCGCCGCCGCCGGAUCCCUGUUCAAGACCAUCACCUUCGAUGUGGCGGAUCAGCAGUCGGUCGAGGCGGCCCUGGCCCCGGCGGCCCUGGACCACUGGGACAUUGAUGUGCUGGUGAACAACGCCGGCCUGGCGCUGGGCCUUUCCAAGGCGCAGGAUGCCCGCGUGGACCACUGGCAGACCAUGGUCAACACCAACGUCAACGGCAUGCUGUAUGUCACGCAUGCGCUGCUCCCGCGGAUGGUGGCCCGGAAUGCGCCCGGAUCGCACAUCAUGUUUGUCUCCUCCAUCGCCGGGCAGUGGCCCUACGUUGGUGGGAAUGUCUACGGCGCCACCAAGGCCUUCGUCACGCAGUUUGCGCUGAACCUGCGCACGGACCUCCUCGGGACGGCGGUUCGCGUGACGAGCCUCGAGCCGGGCAUGGUCGAGACCCCCUUCAGCAAUGUGCGCUUCGAGUCGGACAUGUCCAAGGUGUCCCAGGUGUAUGACGGUGUGCAGUCGCUCACCGCGGAGGACUGCGCCGAGACCAUCCUGUGGGCCACCACCCAGCCGGCGCAUGUGAACGUCAACCGCAUCGAGAUCAUGCCGAUCCAGCAGGCCUACGGCGGCCUGGCGGUGCACCGCGACUUCGAGAAGUACCCCUUCGGCAAGAAGGACUAGCGAAUAGAUGAUGGAGGGCGGCCCCCCCCCCGGCUCGACCUGGCCCCGGCCCCGGCCCCACACGCGCCAAAUACAACUGCCAAUGCA